UGUGAAACCCCUUUUUCAGGAAUACCCAGCUCUGUUCUGUACCGUUCUGUGAAGCUGGAACAGAAGAGGACCAUCACAAAGCCAGGGUAAGUAAAUUAUAUUACAGCAGCAAGGAAGAAAGCCACCAUCGUAAUGUCUCUUUUCUUCUAAAUUCCUCUUUUGUUAUGAUUUCUUUUUUAUCUCAGGGACAAGAACAAGAUGAAGCAUGUUGUGGACAGCGGGAUAAUGACAAGAUCAAAGGCGCGGUCGUCCGAUUUAAUGGAGCUGGAGAAGGAUGUAUCUCCGGUAAAGAAAGCUAGAACUGAAGUCGGUGUGAUCCCUCCAUCGACGCCGGGAUCCGAUAAGGCAGAAACUAAGUUUAGGCUGCCUCACGCUGUCAACUACAGUGAGGAGGAAAUCAAACUUGCUCACUACAUAUUUGCAGCUGACCUUCCGCUAAAAGAGGUCCUAGUCGAUACCAUGAUGAAAUCCUAUACGCGAAAGGCGCUAUGGUCCCUCUGCCCUAACUCCAAUGUUGACGCUGAUGUAAUUACAGCAAUGACUUGCCACUUGACCCUGGACGAAAUUACGAGAGAUGCUGGCCGUGGGAGAAGAGUAUGUUUUCUGCCUACUGAACUGCAGGAAAUGGUACUUAACUAUGGCAUGACACCGAAAAAAGCUUUAGAGUGUUACGGUACAAAGUUUCUCACAACAGCUCACACCUGCAGAAAGUUGUGUCUGCCAAUGAAGGAUAUCAUGCAUGGUGAUGACAUUCAUUGGUAUUUAGUAGUCAUCUUGAUGGAUGACAAGCAAGUUCAUAUCUUGGAUUCAUAUCCUUCUAAAGAGCGCCAAACACCUCGUAAAGAUGCAGUACAAACUAUGAUUGGAUUUCUCGAUGCCUUGUUCGAGGAUCUUUAUUUACAAGUGGAACAAAUGUGCGAUCCCCCAAGUGAUGAAGGAGUUCUCUUUGACAAUUCCUUCAGUUCCUGAACAACGUCACGAGUAAGAAUCAUUCCUUAUGCAUAAAUUCGAAAACAUACUCACAACUGAUCAUAUGCUUCAUCGAAAUUUAUGUAGGUAUGACAGUGGCGUUUGGGUGUGCAUAUGGAUGAUGGGUGCAACUUGGGAUGAAGAUUAUUUUAUAUGGGUAAGCAACAAUUCGCUUGCUUGAACUUGUAGUUAAACAACCUACUGAAUUUGCUAUUGAGAUCCAUUGUCUUUGUGAAAAAUUUUCAGCCAUGUGGAGAUAUGAGGAGAAUGCAACUAGCUUUGUAUUUGGUCAAACAACCUGCAAAUUACAUAAGACAUGUGGUCAUCAAGGAAGCAAAUAGGAAUGCACCAAGGUUUGAACUCGAGACUCGUACGUACAAGGAAGAAAAUCGAAAGAGGCUGAACAAGAACUAGAGCUAUAUGGAGAUAGUGCUUCCGUGAUUUCGUAAUUUAAGCUUGCUUUUUUUAUUCAAGGACUUGUUCGUUAUAUGUUUCACUACAUUUCAUCAGAUUAACGGUUGCAUUUCUGUUGGGUAUUUUGGAUGAACAAAUUUCAGUUUACAUU